AUGUCGGGGGCGAAGCAUUGGGAGCAAGAUAAAGAAGCCACCGUCUAUGUGGGUAAUAUCGACGAACGCGCUACCGAUGCUCUAAUAUGGGAGCUGAUGGUCCAAGCCGGUCCAGUAGUUAACGUACACCUCCCCAAAGAUCGCGUAACACAAUCCCAUCAAGGCUUUGGUUUCGUCGAAUUCAAUGGCGAAGUCGACGCCGACUACGCCGCCAAAAUCAUGAAUGGCAUUCGCUUAUACGGAAAACUACUACGUGUUAAUAAAGCCUCUGCAGACAAACAGAAGCCCCUCGAGAUCGGCGCUGAGCUCUUCAUCGGCAACCUCGACUCCAUGGUCGACGAGAAGGUUCUCUACGACACUUUCGGCAGAUUCGGUACUCUAAUCGCCCCUCCAAAGAUUGCUCGCGACGAUAACGGUUUGAGCAAGGGUUACGGUUUUGUUAGUUAUAGCAGUUUCGAGGCUAGUGACGAUGCUAUCAACAACAUGAACGGUCAAUUCCUCAUGAACAAGGAUAUCAGUGUACAGUACGCGUACAAGAAAGAUGGUAAAGGCGAGCGUCAUGGAGAUGAGGCCGAACGAAUGCUUGCCGCUCAAGCAAAGAAGCACAACGUUACCAUCGAAAGCCAACCCAUGCCUCCGGCACUCCUUCAGAACCAUACUUCAGCUCCUCCACCCGCAGCAGUCGUUCCUCCGCCAGCUAUGGCUACUGGUGGAUUCGACCCUUCCAUGGCCGCCGGCAUCCCCCCUCCCAGACCACCAGUUGGAUUUGCUCCUCCCUCUCAUCGUGGCCCUCCUCCGCCAUUUGGUGUUAAUGGUGCGCCCCCGCCACCAGGGGCUGGAAGACCUAAUGUUCUACCACCCGCUCCGUCAGGACUACCCGCUCGUCCCCCGCCCUCGCAAGCUGGAUAUGGCAGUCCUGCAGACUUCCAUCCCGGCGCAUUCCGGAUGCCUCCUCCGGGCUUUGGCCCCCCCCCUGGCGGCGUACCACCACCACCUCCCGGAUUUGCCUCUGCCCCUGGGUUUAUUCCUACUGAAGGUCAAAAUCCGGGCUACGGCCGAUGA